CCACUUCGUUUUUCUCCCACCUCCACCCGCCCCCCUUCCCGAUCUCUAAAAUGGCGGACCCCAAAUACAUUUUUGCAGUAUUAUGCAUUGGGACUCUCGACACCAAACUCCAGGAGCUCCGUUUCCUCUCUCAUUCAGUUCGCUCCAAUCUCAAUCACUUCUCCAACCAUUCUUCUGUCAAGGUAGACGUGGUGGUGGUUGAUGUGUCUGCUGGUCCAAACGAGGCAGACAGUUUAGAUGAUUUUUCUUUUGUUUGCAGAAAAGAUGUUCUCUCUUGCUAUGGGGGAUCAAAUGGGCAGGCUCCAACAUUGCUUCCGGAUGACAGAGGCAGAGCUGUUGCAAUAAUGAGUCAAGCGCUUCAACAGUUCUUAAAGAAAUGGCAUCCAUAUCUUGCUGGAGUUAUUGGUAUAGGGGGCAGUGGGGGGACUUCUCUAAUGUCGUCCCCCUUCAGAUCCCUUCCACUUGGUAUACCUAAGAUUCUUGUAUCGACGGUAGCAAGUGGUCAAACUGAACCUUACAUUGGAACAUCAGACUUAGUGUUGUUCCCAUCAAUUGUGGACAUUGCCGGUAUUAACAGCGUCGGUAGGGUCAUCUUAUCUAAUGCAGCUGCUGCUUUUGCCGGCAUGGUUAGAGGAAGGAUUCAGAGCCUCAAAGAUUCUCGUGUCCAAGAUAAACCUACAGUUGGUAUAACUAUGUUUGGAGUUACCACUUCUUGUGUCAAUGCUGUCAAAGAUAGAUUGCGCAAUGAAGGCUAUGAGACAUUGAUCUUCCAUGCAACCGGAGUUGGCGGCAGGGCCAUGGAGAACUUAGUUAGAGAAGGAUUUAUACAGGGUGUUCUGGAUGUCACUACAACAGAGGUAGCGGACUAUAUAGUUGGAGGUGUCAUGGCUUGUGAUAAUUCACGCUUCAAUGCUAUCAUAGAGAAGAAAGUCCCUUUAGUCCUUAGCGUGGGAGCAUUAGACAUGGUGAACUUUGGAGCCAAAGAUACCAUACCUCACCAAUUUCAGCAGAGAAAUACUUACGAACAUAAUAACCAGGUUUCGCUCAUGCGAACAACAGUAGAGGAGAACAAAAAAUUUGCUGAUUUCAUAGCAAAUAAACUGAACAAAUCAUCAUCUAAGAUAUGUGUUUGUCUUCCAGAAAAGGGUGUAUCUGCUUUAGAUGCACCAGGAAAGCCUUUUUAUGAUCCAGAAGCAACAAGUGCUCUUAUUCAUGAAUUAAAAAGUCUAAUUCAGACAAAUGAUGAUAGACAGGUGAAAGUAUAUCCAUACCAUAUCAAUGAUCCUGAAUUUGCAAAUGCAUUGGUUGAUUCAUUCCUAGAGAUCAAUGGUAAAAAUACUAACAAUUCUAGUCAUCCACAAGUUGCCAUUUCUGGAUCCGUUGAAACCUCUCAUGGGGAUCAUGUUUCAACUGCAUCAAGCAUCGGAACCUUUCUCUACACACCAAGUGACUUCCCAGAUGCAAGACCAGAAACUGUGGAUAAAACACAGCAGAUCUUACAGCAAUUGAGGCAUCAAAUAGAUAAAGGAAUUCCUAUAAUAGGAGCUGGUGCUGGAACAGGAAUAUCUGCCAAGUUUGAAGAAGUUGGAGGGGUUGAUCUGAUUGUGGUGUACAAUUCAGGGCGUUUCCGCAUGGCCGGCAGAGGAUCUUUGGCAGGAUUGUUACCUUUUGCUGAUGCCAAUGCUGUAGUGCUUGACAUGGCCAAUGAAGUUUUGCCAGUGGUGAAGAAGGUUCCCGUUCUUGCUGGUGUAUGUGGAACUGAUCCCUUCCGACGAAUGGAUUACUUCCUCAAGCAGGUGGAAUCAACGGGAUUCUGUGGGGUGCAGAAUUUUCCUACUGUUGGGCUAUUUGAUGGUAAUUUUAGACAAAAUCUUGAAGAAACAGGAAUGGGUUACAGCUUGGAAGUUGAAAUGAUCCAUAAAGCCCAUAAGUUGGGUCUUUUGACAACCCCGUAUGCAUUCAACCAAGAUGAAGCAAUCGCAAUGGCUAAAGUGGGUGCUGAUAUUAUAGUGGCCCAUAUGGGUCUCACUACAGCAGGCUCCAUAGGAGCAAAAACAGCUGUUUCCCUUGAGGAAAGCGUAGUUCGUGUACAAGCUAUUGCGGAUGCGGCACAUAGGAUCAAUCCGGGGGUCAUUGUGCUCUGCCAUGGAGGUCCUAUAUCUGGUCCGAAAGAGGCAGAAUCCAUAUUAAAGAGAACCAAGGGGGUCCAUGGCUUUUAUGGAGCUUCAAGCAUGGAAAGGCUGCCAGUGGAACAGGCAAUAACAAGCACAAUUAAACAGUACAAGUCAAUGGCUAUUAAUUGAGGCGCAACUUGUUUGUGAUCUAUAAAUGCUAAUGUUAUGUAACAUAAUCAUUGUCAUGUUUUGUGAAUGCUUAAUACAUAAUAAAAUUUUGAGGAACUGAGGAUGUGAAGAUUCGGAAAUAAUUAGGCAAAAGCAAUGUAUAAUUUCACUUACACAAGAAACCAAUGUGGGUUUGAAAAUGUAUUCGUCAUUCGAUUGGCUA